AUGCCUACCAUUGAGGAGCUCGACAGCACGGUCCGGGCCUUUUACGAAGGUCGCGGCGAGCAGCAAAAAGCAGCUCAAGCAGCCUUGAACCAGUUCAAGGAGGAUCCCGAUGCCUGGCUCAUGGUCGACAAGAUCCUCUCCGACGCGCAGUAUCCCCAGACCAAGUGUACCCUAGGCUUUCUACACCUGGGAUUACAAGUUCUCGACAAUGUCAUUAUGACAAGAUGGAAAGUUCUGCCUCGGGAGCAGUGCCAAGGUAUUCGAAACUUCAUCGUGCAGUUCAUCAUCCAGUGCUCGAACAGCGAAGAGACCCUACGAGCCCAGAAGACGCUCCUCAACAAGCUCAACCUCGUGCUCGUCUCGAUCCUCAAGCAAGAAUGGCCGCACAACUGGCCCACCUUCAUCAACGAAAUCAUUUCGUCUUGCCACUCCAGCCUUUCGAUCUGCGAGAACAACAUGAUCAUCCUUCGCCUGCUGUCCGAAGAGGUCUUUGACUACUCAGCGGAGCAAAUGACGUCCACCAAGACGAGGAAUCUGAAGCAAACCAUGUGCGCCGAGUUCUCCCAGAUCUUCCAGCUCUGCCAAGAGGUCCUCAACUCCGCCAAUCAACCGAGCCUUAUCAAGGCCACGCUCGAGACGCUGCUCCGCUUCUGCAACUGGAUUCCGCUCGGCUACAUCUUCGAGACACCUCUCAUCGAUACUCUGCGAACCCGUUUUCUGUCGGUCCCCGAGUUCCGAAACGUCACUCUUCAGUGCCUCACAGAGAUUGGUGGUCUUCAGACGGGCGGACCUGGACAGCCCAACUCGUACGAUGAACAGCUGGUCAAGAUGUUCACCGAGGUCCUGACGACGAUUGCCGAUAUCAUCCCCGUCUCGCUCGACCUCAAGGCGACGUACCCGAGCAGCAACUCCAGGGACCAGGAGUUCGUCCAGAACCUUGCUCUGUUUUUGUGCAACUUCUUUGGCAUGCACCUGAAUCUCAUUGAGAACCUUCCUAACAGAGAUUACCUCCUCCACGGCCACUACUACCUCGUUAGGAUAUCGCAGAUUGACGACCGAGAAGUCUUCAAAAUCUGCCUCGACUACUGGCUGAAACUCGUUCAAGAGCUCUACGAGGAGAUGCAGCAGCUUCCCAUUACCGAUCUCAACCCCCUGCUGGCUGUCGGAGGCGGCAUGUCUGGAAGCGGAGCUCCCAACCCGACCCUCCUAAUGAACUAUCCUCUUCGAAAGCACAAGUACAACGAGAUCCUCUCGAACCUGCGAGUCGUUAUGAUCGAAAAGAUGGUCCGUCCCGAGGAAGUCCUGAUCGUGGAAAACGACGAGGGAGAAAUUGUCCGCGAAUUCGUCAAGGAGGGUGACACUGUGCAGCUCUAUAAGACCAUCAGGGAAUGCCUGGUCUACCUUACACAUCUGGACGUGGUCGAUACCGAGAACAUCAUGACGGAGAAACUGGCUCGACAGGUGGACGGCUCUGAGUGGUCAUGGCACAAUUGCAACGUCCUUUGCUGGGCCAUCGGCUCCAUCUCCCUCGCCAUGAAUGAGGAAACGGAGAAGCGAUUCCUGGUUACCGUCAUUAAGGAUCUUCUAGGCCUUACCGAGAUGAAGCGUGGCAAGGACAACAAGGCCGUUGUCGCCAGUAACAUUAUGUACAUUGUCGGACAGUACCCGCGCUUUCUUAAAGCUCAUUGGAAGUUCCUCAAGACCGUCGUCAACAAGCUAUUCGAAUUCAUGCAUGAGUCUCACGAAGCAGGUGUUCAGGAUAUGGCAUGCGAUACAUUCAUUAAGAUUGCAAGGCAAUGCCGCCGCCACUUCGUUGCGCUCCAGCCUAGCGAGUCAGAGCCGUUCAUUGAAGAAAUCGUGCGCAACAUGGGCAAGAUCACCUGUGAUCUGACCCCUCAGCAGGUUCACACCUUCUACGAGGCUUGUGGAUAUAUGGUGGCCGCUCAGGGCAACAAGAAUCAACAGGAGAGGUUGCUCGCUGAGCUGAUGAACAUUCCUAAUGCUGCCUGGGACGAGAUUAUCAAGCAGGCGAACAUCAACCCCUCGAUUCUUCAAGAUGCGGAGACGAUCAAGGUUAUCGGAAACAUCAUGAAGACCAACGUUUCCGCUUGUUCUUCCACCGGCCCCUACUUCUAUCCGCAAAUUGGUCGAAUCUAUCACGACAUGCUGCAGAUGUAUCGAGCCACUAGCUCGCUCAUCUCCGAGGCUGUUGCACGAGACGGUGACCUGGCGACAAAGAUGCCCAAGGUUCGCGGCUUGCGCACCAUCAAGAAGGAAAUCCUCAAGUUGAUCGAGACCUACGUCGAAAAGGCUGAAGACUUGCAGGCUGUCAGGACUCAGAUGGUGCCGCCAUUGUUGGAUUCAGUUCUGGUUGACUACAACCGAAACGUCCCAGGAGCCCGUGAUGCCGAAGUCCUCAAGGCCAUGUCGACCAUCAUCACGAAGCUUGCUGCGUUGAUGGAGGAUCAGGUCCCCACCAUCAUGGAGAACGUCUUCGAGUGCACCUUGGAGAUGAUCAACAAGGACUUUUCAGAAUACCCUGAGCACCGAGUUGAAUUCUUCAACCUGCUGCGAGCCAUCAACCUGCACUGCUUCCCUGCGCUGCUCAAACUCGACAACAACCAGUUCAAGUUUGUCAUUGAUUCGUGCUCUUGGGCAUUCAAGCACGACAACAGAGACGUUGAAGCUGCAGGCCUUAACAUGUGCUUGGAGCUGAUCAAUAAUAUUGCCGAGAAGACGGACAUUGGCACGGCCAACGCCUUCUUCCAGCGCUUCUUCGUCAGCAUUCUGCAGGAUGUGCUCUUUGUGGUGACGGACAGUGACCACAAGGCGGGAUUCAAGACGCAGUCGAUGCUGCUGAUGAGGCUCUUUUACUUCAUCCACCCGGCUGAUGGAACACCACCCAAGAUCCAGGGACCCAUCUACACCCCCGAUCAGGCGCAGGCCGGGACCAGCAACCGAGAGUUCCUCUCGGCGUCUGUCGCCACCCUUCUGCAGAAUGCCUUCCCUAACCUUCAAGCCGCUCAAGUGGCCAGCUUCGUGGAGGGACUUUUCACGCUAAACACUCAGUACGACAAGUUCCGCCUCAACCUGCGUGACUUCUUGAUCUCCCUGAAGGAGUUCGCUGGCGACAACGCCGAGCUUUUCAUUGUCGAAAAGGAACAGCAGGAGCGCGAUGCCCGAGCUGCCGACAUGGAGAGACGGCAAAAGGUCGGCGGUCUUUUGAAGCCGACCGAGCUGGAUGACGAAGAGCUCUGA